AUCGAACCCAACCCGUGUCUGUUCGUGUUAUGUUCCUGCUGUGUUUGUGUUGAGUUUCAGCACACAGGGAGAGAUAGAGAGAGAGAGGCAGAGGGGAGUCUUUUGACACCCUAUUUCAAACGCACGAACCUACAAAUGAGAAGAGUUUGAACUGGUAAAAGCAAGCAAGGGCUAGUGUUUUUCACUCUGCCUUUUUCGCAAACAUUUAGUAUGCGUCACUAGUUCUGGAGAGCUUCUUGUUUACUUUGAAUAGGAGUGAACUUUUAGAUAUACCCGGAUGGCAUGGACGGAAAAAGAUGUCAGUAAUGGCAGAAAGAGAGACCCAAUUCAAGAAAAUGGUUUUUUGAAGGGGCCACAAUCUUCUCCUGGUACCAAUGGCUCUCCCGUGGCUAUUGCUUCAGCACAACAGGGGUUUGAAGGGAAGGAUAAUCUCUCUUAUGCAAAUAUUCUCCGAUCAAGGAACAAGUUUGUUGAUGCUCUUGCACUCUAUGACCUUGUUUUGGAGAAAGAUAGUGGCAAUGUUGAGGCUCACAUUGGGAAAGGAAUAUGCCUGCAGAUGCAGAACAUGGGAAGGCCUGCUUUUGACAGUUUUGCAGAAGCCAUCAAGUUGGACCCGCAAAAUGCAUGUGCCCACACACAUUGUGGUAUACUGUACAAAGACGAGGGACGCCUGGUAGAGGCUGCCGAGUCAUACCAAAAGGCGUUGAGUGCGGACCCUUCUUACAAACCAGCUGCAGAGUGCCUAGCAAUUGUUCUAACAGAUCUUGGAACCAGCUUAAAGCUAGCUGGCAACACUCAAGAGGGAAUUCAGAAGUAUUAUGAAGCCUUAAGAAUAGAUCCUCAUUAUGCUCCAGCAUAUUACAACCUUGGUGUUGUCUACUCUGAAAUGAUGCAAUAUGAUACGGCACUUAGUUGCUAUGAGAAGGCUGCUUUGGAGAGGCCUCUGUAUGCUGAAGCAUACUGCAAUAUGGGUGUCAUCUAUAAAAAUCGUGGUGACUUGGAGUCAGCCAUUGCUUGUUAUGAGAGGUGUCUUGCCGUGUCACCAAAUUUUGAGAUUGCAAAGAACAAUAUGGCAAUAGCCUUGACAGAUUUAGGAACAAAGGUUAAAUUAGAGGGUGACAUCAAUCAAGGUGUGGCGUAUUACAAGAAGGCUUUGUAUUAUAAUUGGCACUAUGCUGAUGCUAUGUAUAAUCUUGGGGUUGCUUAUGGCGAAAUGCUUAAAUUUGACAUGGCAAUUGUAUUCUACGAGCUUGCUUUUCAUUUCAAUCCCCAUUGUGCUGAAGCAUGCAACAAUUUGGGAGUGAUAUACAAAGAUCGAGACAAUCUUGAUAAAGCUGUAGAGUGUUAUCAGAUGGCUUUAUCAAUUAAACCAAACUUCUCCCAGUCUCUGAACAACCUUGGUGUUGUCUACACUGUCCAGGGUAAAAUGGAUGCUGCGGCAAGCAUGAUUGAAAAAGCUAUUGUUGCUAAUCCAACAUAUGCUGAAGCAUAUAAUAACUUAGGGGUUCUCUAUAGAGAUGCUGGCAACAUCUCUCUGGCUAUCGAAGCUUAUGAGCAAUGUCUCAAGAUAGACCCUGAUUCUCGUAAUGCAGGCCAG